UGAUAAAGAACAACUCCAAUUGAUUUUUGCUCGCGGAAUUAAGGGGCUCUAUAUAGCAGCACCGGAGACUUUGACAUUCCGCCCAAGCCAAACCAAGCACCCACUACAGCGAGUGUUCGAAGCUGAUAAGGACAACUCGGGCCUGCCCCGAGCCAACGGGAACAACUUACGCUUACCGUGGAAGAGUCCACACAAACAAAGUAGACGCACACAUAACCCUCAUAAGCUAUAGUGUUCGUCGUAAUGUGGGAACACUCAGGGAAAUCCAGGAGGCGGAGUCGUCCGAUCGAGUGGGCGGAGCCUGAAGCUAUAUCGGAGUCAACACAGUCGGAGGCCGUCAGCUUUCCAGAGUGUCCGUCCAUGUCUAGUACUAGCCCAAGCAGUCGUAUUAUUUCUAUAAUAUUCUGAAGGAACUUUAGUUGGCAACGGAAUGCUCUGAGGAGCAUACACCAAAACAAAUUUCCCACUCAUGGAGGCUCCGGUUUCUUUUCUGUUGGAAGAAAACUGGCUGUGAUAUAGUUUUAGCAAACUUGCGACGAUUUUGCCAUGGUCGUAGUGAAAAGAAUAUAUAAAUGAUCAGCGAAUUUAGACAAACUAUUGUGUGAUGCCAAAGGAUUAUGAGACUCGAACGAGGAACGAUUUAAUUUAACGCCUGGUAGCGCUUGGGUACAAAUGAAAUGAUUGAAAUCAUCGUUGGGCUGUAAAUUAGGAAUCGGCAAAGAGAUAUUCUUAAGUGAGGCUCAGAUUGUUUCGGUAGACUUGUGCUUAUGCGUCAGGUUAGAUCGUUUUCUCCAUGCCUUGAACAGCUCUCGAUGAAUAUGAAAUCCUAACUGCCGAAGAAGCUUUAUCGAGUGCUGGACUGGUUUGAUAUAAAAAGCGCGACUUGCCCCUGCUGCGAGUUUGUGCAUUGUGUGUGUGUGUAUCUAUGAGCGCGUGCUAAGUAACUUCAGUGAAUUAGCUCCAAGUCACCCCGCUUGAUCAUGUCGAAAGACGAUAUGUCCGAUUCGGAAUCGGAAAAAGGUUUCUCCGAAUCAAGUUCUAAUUAUUGCCUCAGCGGAGACGAAGGAACGACGCCAACCCCUUCCUCAGGACCACAGGAUUCGGGCAAUACGAACACCCUCGUCGAACAAUCAAACUACAUACGAAGCAGGCGGUCUCCGCUGUCGUACACCCUUUCAAGGCCACCUCCGCUUCGGCCGAGGACCCCACCAAGACUUGGAGGCCUUAACAACAGUCUCGGAGGUCCUGGACCAGCGCCCGUGGGAGUCCACACAAGACGGCCAUCGGCACCCAGCAAGAGGAUGUUCACCAACAGCCGCGAGCGUUGGCGUCAACAGAACGUGAACGGAGCCUUUGCCGAAUUGCGCCGGCUUGUCCCGACGCAUCCCGCUGACAAGAAGCUCUCCAAGAACGAGAUACUGCGUCUCGCCAUUCGCUAUAUUCGGCUACUGAUGAGCAUCCUCGAAUACCAGGACAACAGCCUCGGCUUGAGCCGGCAGCAGCAACCACUGCAGGCUACGGCCUCAAGUGAACCUACGACCCAGGCGGUCCACACCUUGACAAGCACGCCCCCGGUGGACUCUUCGGCAAACUUCGGCGCAGCCACGAUCCAAGGUAGCACCGGUACGGGGGUUAGUUCCGGCGGUGGCGGCUCCGUAGCUUAUUAUCCAGCUACAGGCUCCCCGACGAUCUCAUCCUCAACGCCAGUCGCACCUGCGCCUUCGUUGGCGCCACCGACUCAACGAUCCGCGCAGCACACGUCGCAGGUAUCAGGGCAGGGAUCGCCCGCUCAGGUUUGUCGAGGCGCAGCCGGCACAGCAACCAUCAUCACUGGUCUGGUCCUACAGAGUUCCACUGUUUGUCUACAUAACAGUUCGUCUGCACGCCAUUCGUGCGCUGCCACCAUGGGCCAGCGUUUAACAAUGCUGCAGUGCACCGCCGGAAUAAACGCCAAACAGGAACCGCCAUUACAGCCGCCGAACUCCCCAACUCUAACCUCGACUACGACGACAGUUGAACCGCAGUCCGCUACUUGAGACAAAUUUCACGUUGUGCGCUUUUCAGGAAAAUAAUAAUGCAAAAUGUGAAUGAUGAUUUUAUGAAAAUCAUCUACUUUGAGACCAUAACAGCGAUGAGUUUAGAACUCUGGCGAAGUGACCGAGUGAUGAGAACUGUAAAAUCAAGUGCAUAAGAUUUGGUGAAUCACAUUCGAGUCCACUUCUAUAUGCUACAAUAAAGUAAAAUUGUGUGUUUAGUCCCUUUUCUGAUGAUCUUCUAUAGAAUCUAUAGUGGACCAGACACUGAUUAAUAGGAAGUGGAACUUUUUUAAAAUAAAAUAACAGAAUUGUGGAAAUUCCAUAAGUUCGUUCAAUCAAUAUCGAUCUACCCACCGAAUAAACUAACAAACUAUACCGACCUAGUGUUCAAAGAAGCACGCCUUUUUAUAAAGUAAACGCUGUCGUUCCUAAGUUAGAUGCAGAAUAAAGACUCGUCCAAGGUUCAAUCCGUUUAACAUGUGAUUAUAUCGUUAAACGAUCUAGGGGCACUUACCUGUGCAGUUUAAUUUAAUAUGCUAUGAAUUCUAUGACACUUUUAUAUACGUAUAAGCAACAUGCGUGAGUUCACUCUAGUCCACAGUGUCGCAAUGGAUAGCUCGUAACUAGUGAGUGCUAGGAACCUCACGAAAUGUGUUUGGUAUCACAUUAAAAUCUCGAGAUAUUGGAUUCGAUCUACGAUCAAGCAUCACUGACUCUGCCGCGAGAAGUUGUGAAUAAAUAAGCUUUGCAUAGUAGCAAUUCCUCAUGUCGAGGAUUCCUCGGUAGUACGUUCGCCAUGCGACACGUAUAUGUUGACCGCAUCAAGGGCUGCCUGUGAGCGAUGUCUCCAAGCAGAACCGCAGUUCCGCCAAAAGCUGUGCGAUUUGACCGGUGACACCUGGAGUCAAUUCUGCAAUUUCGAUAAGUGCUAUUUUGAUAAAUGUUGCACUCCUAGUGACGUCUUUCAAGAAAGACCUGAUGGAUGUCCGCUAUGCUUUGAAACGACGAAACCAUAAUCUACGAUGAAACGAUACGCAUAAUCAAUAACAGGACUUCUAUCGCCAGUCGUUUAUUUGUUUAGCCAACAAUUAAAUAGCCAGCGUAGACGAUCAGAUUAUAAUAGAAGACAUGAGAAAAUGUAAUGAUCACACAUUGUGUAUUUCUCUAUAAGAAAUGACUCAAUAAUUGACUGACACAUUCGAUCGGCUAUUGUGUCUAUACUACUCACCAGUAUCCCUGCUAUAUACUAGCUCGUACGUGAUUUGUACUCGGCCCUCCAUAUUGAUGCUAAUAUUAAUAUAGUAACGAAGGAGUACUUGUAUCAGUCUGACUUUCACGAGGUCAACUGAAUUUUUAAAUUAGGCUCUCUACUUCUUCAAAAAUAUUUCUUUUCAUAUGAAUUUUCAACAAAGUAAUUGAAACUACAUUACCUUCACAAAUAUAAGUGGUAAGGGUACGUUUUAAGAAUUCGAAAUUUCCAUACUUCCAAACACAUCUUUCUUCUUAUAAGUAUCAUUACUUCUGUUUCACAGAGAAUUCCUAAUACUGUUUUCAGCUGUCAAUACAGAUUGCGCUGCGUACUAUCUAAAAUAAAUUACUUAUAUUAGUCAUCAGCUCAA